ACGGCCAUCUUCCUUCAGCUCGUGAAGACUGUUCCCGCAGACAUGGCCGACUACUCUAACGUGGCUCCGCCGUCCUCAAACGCUGGUGGAGGGAUGAACGAUGCUUUUAAAGACGCCCUCCAGAGGGCCAGACAAAUAGCUGCAAAAAUAGGAGGUGAUGGCGUACCCCCCUCUCCAGUUUCCAAUGAGUUUGUUUAUGGAGGCCAGAAGAGACCUCUUGAAGAUGGAGAUCAACCAGAAACCAAGAAGGUUCCACCAAGUGAUCCUUUUUCAUCUGUAAUGGGAGGCAUGGGUGGCCCACCAAGGUCUAUAACAGAAGAGUUCAAGGUUCCAGAUGGCAUGGUUGGCUUCAGUAAGUCGACUUGUGGCGCUUUUCCACUGCGUGUUAUUGGAAGGGGAGGAGAACAGAUUUCUAGAAUACAGCAGGAUUCAGGUUGCAAAAUACAGAUUGCUCCCGACAGUGGUGGCAUGCCUGAGAGGUCAGUGACAUUAACAGGUGCACCUGAUUCAAUCCAGGCUGCAAAGAGAUUGCUCUCAGAGAUUGUAGAGAAAGGAAGACCUUCUCCAGCAUUCCACCACAAUGAUGGAACAGGGAUGUCUGUUCAGGAGAUGAUGAUCCCUGCCUCCAAAGCUGGUCUGGUCAUCGGAAAGGGAGGAGAAACAAUCAAACAGUUACAGGAACGUGCUGGAGUCAAAAUGGUCAUGAUUCAAGAUGGACCCCAAAACACAGGUGCUGAUAAACCACUCAGGAUCUCUGGCGAUCCUUUUAAAGUUCAGCAAGCUAAAGACAUGGUGAUGGAUCUAAUCAGAGAUCAGGGUUUCCGGGAACAGAGAGGAGAGUAUGGUUCUAGAGUAAGCGGUGGAGAUAGUCUGGAUGUCCCUGUGCCAAGGUUUGCAGUGGGAAUUGUGAUUGGUAGGAAUGGUGAAAUGAUCAAGAAGAUUCAGAAUGACACUGGUGUGAGGAUUCAGUUCAAACCAGAUGAUGGCUCCACACCAGAGAGGAUCGCUCAGAUUAUGGGGCCUCCAGACAGGGCACAGCACGCAGCAGAUAUCAUAUCUGACCUGCUGAGGAGUGUGGAGGCUGGAGGCCCCCCUGGUCACGGGGGCAGAGGGAGGGGCCGUGGACAGGGAAACUGGAACAUGGGCCCUCCUGGAGGCCUGCAGGAAUUCACUUUCACUGUGCCUACCAUGAAGACCGGCCUAAUUAUUGGAAAAGGGGGUGAAACCAUUAAGAACAUCAGCCAGCAGUCUGGAGCCAGGAUAGAGUUACAAAGAAACCCUCCACCUAAUUCAGACCCUAAUAUAAAGAUCUUCACAGUCCGUGGAUCACCCCAACAGAUUGAUUAUGCCAGACAGCUGGUCGAGGAGAAGAUUGGAGGUCCAGUUAGCCCUAUGGGUGGCCCUCAUGGUCCUCCUGGGCCUCAUGGAGGUCCUUCUCAUGGCCCUCCCGGUCCACCAGGACCACCUGCUCCCAUGGGCCCAUACAACGCUGGGCCUUAUGGCCAGGGCCCUCCUGGACCACAUGGUCCCCCAGCACCAUACCAGCCUCAAGGCUGGGGCAACGGUUACCCCAACUGGCAGCAAGGUCAGCCAGAUCCCAAUAAAGCAGCGGCUGAUGCUAAUGCAGCUGCAUGGGCAGCCUAUUAUUCUCAGUACCAGCAGCAGCCCCAGGGCCCCAUGACACCAACUUCAGCAGCCCCUGGCACAACCCAAACCAAUGGGCAAGGUGACCCGCAAGCUCCAGGUCAAAGUGGACAGGCAGAUUACACCAAGGCCUGGGAGGAAUAUUACAAGAAAUUGGGUCAAGGUCAGCCUCAGCAGGACUACACAAAGGCAUGGGAAGAGUACUAUAAGAAACAAGGUCAAGCUGCGCCUCAGGCGGCUGCAGCUACAGCGUCUCAGCCAGGAGGUCAGCCAGAUUACAGUGCAGCGUGGGCAGAAUACUACCGCCAACAGGCAGCAUACUAUGGCCAAGGUGCCCCUCAGGCGAUGGGAGCUGCACCCCAGUCUCAGCAGGGCCAGUAAUGUGAAGUGGACAUAAAGUAAAUGCUACAUUGUCAGAAAGAACCUUUGUUAAAUGUUUGGAUGCAGACGCCAUGAUGAAGAUCUUAAUUUCAUUGGUUUGAGUGUUUAAGCUAGAUCGCAGAUCAGCUCCAAAGUCAAGUAUAUAUAUAUAUUUUUUUUUUUUUUGCCUUUUUGUUUUGCCACUCUUGUAAAUGAACGGUUUGUUUUUAGUCGGGUAAUAUUGGUCAUUCCAGCUUCUGUAUCUCCUGUAUCUUAUGUAGUUUUGAGACUAAAUUAUAGUCAUUUUCAUGUAAAUCAUCUCAGUUCUAAAAUGAUAUGCCUGUUGUCUUUUGCAAUAAAACAAUGAAACCUCC